AUGCGCUAUUUUGAUAAAGAAAGUGUCGUACAGAUCAAUGUACUGAGCAAGAAGGAGCUUAGAGAUCUUAUUAAGAGUGGAAUGACACUACUGGAUGUCAAAAAGAAAUACCAGAAAUAUUCCUUGAGCAACAAAUCUAAGGUCAUUUUGGAUGAGAACAAAAACAUCUUAUUCUUCACGUAUUACAACAAAAAUAUCAAGCUAUGUGAGUAUUUUGAUGAAACGAAAGAUAAGAAAGUGAUUGUAGAUGAUGGUGCAAUCAAACCAUUAGAACGUGGUGCAGAUUUGAUGAUUCCAGGAAUUCUGAAAUUUUUGGAUAAGCAACCUGAUUUUAAAAAGGAUGAUGUCGUCUAUAUAGAAAUCAAUAGUAGGUUAUUUGGUGUGGGAAUAGCUCAAAUGUGUUUGAGUGAGUGUGUGAAUGCGAAAACAGGUGUGGGGAUUGAAAUAUUGUAUCUUCGUGAUGGAAUUUUACAUAAAAUUAUCAAAUAA